AUGGAGAUGUAUUAUCUCUCCAGAAAACACCUCAAUCAAAAGCUUUUCCCUAGCCCCCAUUACUAUCUGUCUUCUCUUCUCUUUGCCCUUUCCUCCAAAUCACUCCCUCCCCUCUGUUCAACCCCCCAAACCCAGAUUCUCAGUUCCCAUGAACUCCACACCAUUCCCACUCCCCAUUCUUCAACCCCUUUCAUUUCCUCAUCUGUGUCUUCCCCAUUUCCUUCUACACAAUACCCAUUUUCCAGAUUUUUAAAUAAACCCGAUUUUAGUUGGUUUCGCGGUUUCUCAGCUUCUUCAAGAACGAAUGCGAGUGGAAAGCAAGUUUCUGAGAUUAUCAAUUUGAUUCGAAGAGGUUCUAAUGAUUUAGAAUCCAAAUUGGAUGCUAUGAAUAUACGUCUUUCCGAGGUAUUAUUGAACACAAUUUUCCGAAUUUUGAAUCGCGAGAAAAUCCCUGCAUUACGUUUCUUCAAUUGGAUUCGAAAAUCCCAUCCUGAGUUUCGUCAUGACUCUGAUAUUUAUAGUUUGGUUGUUGAUAAUUGUGGGAGAUCAGAUGAUUUUGAUUCUAUAUUCAAUCUUUUAAAUGAUUUUAGGAUUCAUGGGAUUUGUUUGAAUCAAAAGGCUUUUAGUUAUUUACCUGUUAUGGUAUCUAAUCAAGCUGCAAUGAAGGAAUCUAUAUGCAAAACAAUGGAAAUAUUGAACAAAAUUGGUGGUUCUUGUGGUGUUACUGGUACCCAUGCUUUGAUUGAAAUGUUAUGUGCUUUAGGUUCGUUUGAAAUGGCUGAAUAUGUGAUUACAAAAACAGAGAAACGGUUAUCAAAUUAUGGCAUUUUGAUCCGUUCUCGAAGCCGUAAAGGUCAUUUCGAAGAAGCAAAACGAGUUCUCGAUGAGAUGACUGGAACCGGAAUUACACCAAAUUGCCAGAUUUUCAACUAUGUACUCGGUUGUUUACAAAAAACCGAUCAAACCGACAAAGCUUGUCAACUGCUUGAAUUCAUGGUCGAAAAUGGUUGUCCUCCUAAUGCAUUAACCUAUGAGAUAUUCAUAUGUAAUUUGUGUAGACAUGGUAAAUUAGAUAUGGCAUUCGACUGGCUCAAUAAAAUGGAAUCGAAGGGUAUCGAACCUCGACCGACGACACAUGCUGCUUUGAUCAAGGGGUACUUCAAGUUACAGCAGUACGAACAAGCACACCAGUAUGUGGUUGUUUGUAGUGAUAAGUAUAAGACGGUAAGCAAUAUGAUUUACAGUUUGUUGGCUAGUCUUUAUAGGAAACAGGGAAAACCGGUUAUGGCACAAAGUGUGCUUUCGGAGAUGAUUGAAAAGGGUCUAAGUCCGAACUUUACAGUGUAUAUGCAUGUGAGGAAGCACCUUCAGAAAAUAGGGAGAGAAGAUUUGGCAAGAAAUUUGGAGAGUAGUUUUUCUUGCUUCAUUUCACAACCAAGUGCAGUUAAUGGCUGA